AUGCGGGGACCUUCUCCCCAUAUGAACAUGAGAAUCUGCCUCAAAACUUUUGACAAUUUGCAAAAGUUAACUUGUUAUUUUUCAGUUGUACCUCAUAUCACUGAAGCAAUCCAAGAAUGGGUGGAAAAAGUAGCUCAAAAACCAGUUUCAGCCUCCGGCAAAACUCCUGAAGUCUGUAUCAUUGAACUGGGGGGAAUUGUAGGAGACAUUGAGAGUAUGGCCUUUGUUGAAGCAUUCAGGCAAUUCCAGUUUAGGGUCAAACGUGAGAAUUUUUGUGUGGCUCAUGUAUCUCUUGUUCCACAGCCAAAAACAACUGGCGAACAUAAAACUAAACCAACACAAUCUUCAGUUAGAGAAUUACGUGGACUGGGUCUAUCCCCUGACAUCAUUGUAUGUCGGUCAGAAAGGCCGAUAGGUGAAAGUGUCAAGGAAAAAAUUUCCAAUUUUUGCCAUGUUGCCCCACAGCAGAUCAUCAGCGUUCCAGACUUGAAAUCAGUGUAUGAAGUUCCUGUUUUCAUGGAAAAUCAUGGAAUGGCUGAAUACCUCAGCGAAAGAUUAAAUCUCGGAAUAACUCCUCUGCCUCCCAUGAAGAAAUACAUGACCCAGUGGAUUGAUCUGGGAAAACGAAUGGCUCAUCUGAAUCAAGAAGUGACAGUUGGUAUUGUGGGAAAAUAUACCAGACUCGAAGAUUCAUAUACAUCUAUUACGAAAGCUUUGAAUCAUGCUGGCAAUAAAAUUGGUUAUAGAGUUAACAUCAAAUUCAUCGAGGCCUCAAACCUUGAGACAACCAUGCUUUCCGAUGAUCCAGCUUCCUAUCAUAGUGCGUGGCAUUCAUUGUGUCUGUCUGACUGUGUUGUGGUACCUGGUGGUUUCGGAAAACGAGGCGUUGAGGGCAAAAUUGAGGCAUGUAAAUGGUGUCGAACUAAUGAUAAGCCAUUUUUAGGAAUAUGUCUAGGCUUCCAAGCAGCAGUCAUCGAAUUCAGUAGAAAUAUACUCAAAUUAGAAGGGGCAAAUUCGACCGAAGUCUGUAAGGACACUCCUCAUCCGGUGGUCAUAGAUAUGGCAGAACACAAUACUGGAGCUAUGGGUGGCACAAUGAGAUUGGGGAAACAAACAACCGUAUUCAAGUCAUCAGCCGCAAAUAGUAAAAUACAGCGUUUAUAUGGAAACAAAAGCCAAAUCGAUGAAAGGCAUCGACACAGGUACGAAGUCAAUCCAGAGUAUAUAGCUAGAAUAGAACAAAGUGGACUUCAGUUUAUAGGUGUGGACACAGACGAAAAAAGAAUGGAAAUAUUGGAAUUGGAUGACCAUACUUACUAUGUAGGCGUUCAAUACCACCCCGAAUAUCUUUCGAGACCAAUGAAUCCGUCUCCUCCAUUCAUGGGACUAAUUUUGGCCGCCAAAGACCAUCUCAAAUCGUACCUUGCUCGAGGUUGUAAACUGUCUCCAAGAGAAUCUGACUAUUACGAUUCAGAAGAAGAAUUUCCUGUUCUGACUGUCAAACUGCCAAAUGGAAAUACGGAUCAGGAUGAUAAUAGCAGUGCUUACAGCAGUUCCAGCAUACCUUCGUUAUGAAAUACUUUAGCAGGAUUGUUUGAUUCUUCCUGUUGAUUAUAGUAACAUUCUGUUCUGGGAUUCAAAUGGAUUUCAAAUGUUUGAAUCAAUAACCAGCCAAGUGACUAGUCGUCAUGUUAUUUCUUCCAAAUAAUUGUAAAUUAUUUCCUAACCUAAGGCUAAAAAUGAAUUGUCCUAAGAAUUUAUAAAUUAAGUUUCCAUUGAUUUGUUACCUUGAAGGUUUACAUUUUUUGUAAAUAAAAUAAUGCUAGGUAUGUUAGAUACCUUUGGUGAUUCAAAUAUAAAUAUAUUAUUUUUGUAAAUGUAAA